AGGAAUCACCAACUACCAAAUGAUUUCGCGGGGUAUGCGAACUUUGCGUGAUAAUUUUCUGUUGACUUGAUGAUCAUUAUUCAUCGGCUGGAACACCCAACAUGGCUUCGAAGAGUAAAUCAGCAGCCGUGAUACUCAGUUGCGGUACAGCUCUGUUCGGGGGCUUGUGCCUCGGGCUGGGCAGCGAGAAAUUUUACCGAGACAUUGCCAUGCCAAGCUUGAGGGCAGUCAGUGCAGAGUCCGCCCACGUCUUGGCAGUGAAGACAGCUGCAUGGGGAUUGGUGCCUUGGAAUACCUUCAAGGACCCACCAUCUCUCGGAGUGACGGUCUGGGGACGUCAUUUCAGCAACCCCGUCGGACUAGCGGCUGGGUUUGACAAGCACGCGCAGGCCAUGGACGGCAUGCUCAAGAUGGGUUUUGGUUUUGUGGAAGUUGGCAGUGUGACCCCCGAACCACAAGAAGGGAACCCCAAGCCGAGGGUCUUUAGGCUGUCGGAGGACAAGGCCAUUGUCAACAGGUAUAGCUUCAACAGUGACGGGCACGCUGCAGUUCUUCAGAGGUUAAAAGACAGAGCCGAUGCAAAGGCACACUUGCCAGCAGGAAAAAGAGGGAUUGUAGGGAUCAACCUUGGCAAGAACAAGACUUCCCCGGAUGCCGUCAACGAUUAUGUGAGGGGGGUUAAGUGCUUCGGAUGCCUAGGGGACUAUUUGGUCAUCAAUGUCUCCAGUCCAAACACGCCAGGGCUCCGGAAGAUGCAAGGCAGGGAACAGCUGGGGCAGUUAAUUGACAAGGUGCUGGAAGCAAGAGACCAGCUACCCUGCUCGCCUAGACCUCCCCUGUUAGUUAAGAUUGCACCGGAUUUGACUCAGCAAGACAAAGAGGACAUUGCAGCUGUCGCCACCAGAAAACAGGGUAAAGUGGACGGACUCAUAGUGACCAACACUACCAUCACCCGUCCAGCUAGUCUACAGAGUCCAAACAAGACAGAGAGUGGGGGGCUGAGUGGACCUCCCCUCAGACACAUGGCAACGGACACAGUGAGAGACAUGUACAGACUCACAAAUGGUGAGUUGCCAAUCAUUGGAGUGGGCGGAAUCAGCUCGGGUCAAGAUGCCUACGAGAAGAUCAAGGCAGGGGCAUGCCUGAUACAGCUGUACACAGCACUAGCCUACGAAGGGCCUCCCCUUGUCAAGAGGAUUAAACGCGAGUUGGAUGACUUAUUAAAGGCAAAUGGCUACAAGACAGUUGGGGAAGCUAUCGGUUCUGACCACAGACAAAAAUGACCAUAAGUCUCCUACUUCCUCGGUGCUUGUAGCUGUAUUCUCAAUGUUCUCGGUUGAAGGUCUCCUCGGAAUGAAGUCCUCUUUGUCAGGCAAAAUUUACUGUAACAUGACCUCUGGUGAGUGUGCCUGCGACAUCACAGCAAGGUUUCAUUGGAAAUCCACAGGAUUUAGGAAAAUUUGGCAGGAUUGACAAAAAGAGCUGAACACAUUUGCUACACAAGAUUUCUGGCCAACAAACUGGACUUUUGAAAAAGGCAUACAUUUGGCCCACUUUAAUAGAGGCUUUGCAUGGUAGCCAUCUUGCAGGGCAGUUCUUUUUUUCUCACAGGGAAACCUCCUUUGUGUAUACCCUGUGGAACAAAAGCACUGGCCAGCAAGAUGGCAGCCAUGGAAACCUUAUUCCACAACCAAUUGCCACAAAUACUGAUUCUUGACAGUCAUUUGGAUAAUUUGUAGUGCAAGUUGGUAAUACCCCAGCCCCCUCUCACCAGAGCAAGAUAUGCUACCAUAGGUUCAUGGACCAUUUAAACAGGGAUGUGCAACUUCGACCAGCUCCAGUGCAAAAAUACUUAGGAUCUCGGUUCCGUGCGUGUUACAGAUUGUUCUCGACCAUUCUUGAGAAAACUCGUGACCACAUGACGUGUUGUGCCUAAGUUUCAAUUUACUCAUGUUGUUUUGAAGAGCAAUUUUCUUUAUCACUUUUAAAGAGAAAAGAAAUACAUGCAGACCCAUUGAUCAGGUUUAUGAUACCUUGAGUAUCAUACUCUAUGAAAGGUUGUAUGCUGAGUUUGAAACAUUAAGGCAUUAAAAGCAAACAAAGUGGUGGAAAAGUACAGAUGUACAAUCUAAAACAUGACUUCAAGCACUCCUUCCCAAAAGGAGUACACAUGAUUUUGACUGCAGCUUCACAUGCUUGACAUCACCAUUAUUCAUCACAGAAAAAUGAUUGCAGUUUGCACUGCUGUAGCUUGAGGUGUUAUGUACGUAUAAUUCAGCCAGUGUCAUGUGCAUGUCAUUUCCCCUUUGAUACUUUGCCAGCCGUAACAUUCAUUGAAUUAGCUCUGAUCUGAGAUUGCACAUCCCUGUCUAAAUGGUCCAUGCACAGUCUGUGUACAGCGGUCAAGUUUAAUACCCUGUCCGCCUCGGCGUACUUGACAUCAGGUCCUUGUAUAAAACAAAUGGGAAAUACAGCACGUAUUCACGUCCACCACCAGAAACUCAGGGAAAUGCUCAGUGCCUGAAUCAGCUGCCCCUGCCAGUACAGAUUAUGAUCAGAUUGUGCUCACGCGUCCUUCAAUGUGAACGGCUCGAGAAGGAAAAAUCUCAGGGCUUUAGAAGGAAAAAUGAGAUUACAGGUACAAAGUACAAUAUAAGUACAUCGUGAACAGUUUACUAACUGCAGUUUAUAUUCUGGGUAAAACCGGGGGAACUAAACAUGUUUCUUCAGUGGCUGUGCUGAUUAUUCAAACAUUGCAAUAUUUUAUCGAUUUCUGAAUAUUUAAAUAUUUCUUUCCGAAUUGAAUGAGGUGAAAAUCGAUGUAUUAAUAAAAGGGAAAUUUUCAAAUUAAUUGGUUACAAAAUGGCAUUUAAAGAGGACAUUUCAAAGUGUUGUGUACACUUAUUAAAAGGCAGCUUAAUGCAUGGGCCCAACAAUAACCAAAGAGAUUUUUCCAAGAAGUUUGUUUUGUUUACAUUUCGGAAAACAAGUAUAUUUUGUUUCUGCUUUCAUGGCAAUUUGGUACAUCUGAAUAAUGAAAGAUUUGAUUGAAUGGAAGGUUGAAUGUUCAGAUACCGACUCGGUCUUAGUGUCUUCACUUCACAUCGACCAUCCUGUUCUGUGCCACUGAGGUUCCGCUUGACUUCAGUUUAGGAAAAUCAACGCCCAGAAUAAAAACAUUUUAUUCAAGGGAAAACGAAUCCAAUUUUCUUAAGGAAAGUAUGGACAGUAGUUUAUUUUUAUACUUCUGAUGACCAGAAUGACGAAAAAAAAGAUUUGCAAAUUAAUGCGUAAUAAAAUCAAUUGAUUAGUAAUUUA